UCAGUAUGCAAAUAACCCGUAAUUAGAAAAAUAGCAAUUCAGUAGCCUAUACAUCACUGGCCAGUGGUAUACAUUCAAAUAUUACAAUAACGACAUUUUGAAAGGUGAACAUUUUAAUAAUGUCGAAAUAUUCAGAAGAUAGCUCAAGUUCAGCUAAAGCGAAGAUUGAUUUCACCUCUCCCGUUUUAGCUUUAAGGGAGAUUGAACGUCUUCUAUCAACAGGAAGAGCUAUCAACUGUAAUGCAGAUGAAGUCUGGCCUAAUCUUUACAUCGGCAACAUAGAUAUAGCUGAGAAUUGUGCAGAGGUGAGAAGGUGUGGCUUCACCCAUGUCCUGAACUGCACCCACAGCUCCAGACAUGGUGGCAAGAUUUAUGAUGGCAUGGGCAUCACAUACAUGGGCAUAGACGCACAAGAUUCACCCUCGUUUGACAUGAGUGCCCACUUUAACAAUGGGGCUGAGUUUAUACAUAGAGCACUUAAUGAGGGAGGCAAAAUCCUGGUUCACUGUCAAAUUGGAAUAAGUCGAUCAGCAACUAUAGUUUUGGCAUAUCUCAUGCUGAAACAAAACAUGACGCUGGUGGAGGCAAUCAAGAAGGUAAAAGAUGAAAGAGGCAUCUACCCCAACCAAGGCUUCCUCAGACAACUGAUCAACCUCCACAUGAAAUUAUAUGGCUGUAGAAACUAGAUGCACGAUCACCAUUCACCAUCCACCAAUGAAAAUUGAGGGAAGAGAAGAAAUAUGAAUCAAUGUGCAUUUUAAUAUUUUUAGGGCAGUAACUUUGAGCAACUUGUUUAUUUGGUCAAUUUCCCUGCUUUGUAUGGGUUUAAGGAACAUAUUAAAAUACCUGACAACGUA